AUGGAUAUGUGCCGUUAUAUGUCAUGUCCAUAUGGUCAACAAUGCUUGAACGGAGAAUGUUUGAGUAAUACACCUCUUCUUACUACUACAAUUACAAUUCCAAACAAUUUCAAUUCUUUUCCGAUCAAUCCGAACACUUAUCCCGGAUAUAUAAAUCCAUCGUUAACAACAAAUUCGUGGAUUACCGGUCAAGGAGGAUUUAUGUUUAAUAUGAAUAGACGAUGUUUGUUUUAUUUUGUUGAAAAUUAA